AUGUCUUUGCAGGAAGAAUUAAAUACUAGGGUAUCUUAAGGAUUGCCUUUAGCUGAAAUCGCUUUUCCCGAGCAAAUCAGCAAUUCUCACGAAUAAAGUAAGGGGUUAGAAGAUUCCGAUUCAGAUAUCGAUUUCUAAGACGUUGUUCAUAAGCUCAGAAAAGUCAACUAGAAUUCUGUCAAACUUAUGAUUGCCAGUAAUAAUGAUUAAUCAUCAACAUAAUUGAGCUCUAAGAAGAAGAGAGUUCUCAAGAUCGAUGAUGAUGACGAUGAAUUUGAAGCUUCAGCUUAGUUUGAUAUUUUAACUAAGGUUUCUACCAGUUAUUCAUAGUCCUCUUCUUCACGUGCUAAUUCUACCUUUACAGGCUAAGAAGAGCUUAGUACUGUUGGCGAUUACAAGGGAGCUUAAUCUUUUAUCUAGCUCAAUUGUGAAGAACUCACUCUUGAGUAAAUCAUUUCAGAUACAAAGAGCGGCAUCCCUUCUCUCUACGAAGAAAAGGCUCGUUAGCAAAAGAUUCUCAAACAGAGAUAAUAAAAAAAUAUGAAAAAUGGAAUUGAAGAAGAAGAAGUUGAGGCUCCAAUCGCUGUAUAAACUUAGGCCCCCUCCAUAGAUCCCAAACUAGUUAAGGAAAAAAUCAAUGCUCGUAUGAAUGGCAGUACUUUCAAUGCUAAAAAGUAGCACACAAAGAAGUGGUCCGAUGAAGAAACUCUCAGAUUCUUCAAGGGCCUCCAAGUCUUCGGUACUGAUUUCUCUCUAAUUUAAAAGCUUUUCCCCUAUAGAACCCGUGCAUAAAUCAAGAAUAAGUUCAGAAAAGAAGAGAAGGAAAAUAGCAAAUUGGUAGAAGAGAGCAUCCGCUUGAACUCUAAGAGAAGAUUCAACAAAAUUCAAACAAAGCUUGCUGCUGAAAAGGAAAAAAUGGAAUCUAUAACGCAAGAAACUGAUGUGACAGAAAGAAUUAAUUUACUCAAAUAACAAAGAAAGAAAAGGCUUAACUCUUUCGAGUCAGUUGAUUCUUAAGAUAUCGAAGUAGCUGAAGACGUCAACGAAAUCUUCAAGUAAGAAAAUAUUCCUGCUUUUUUGAUCUGA